UUACAACACAAAAAUUUCUCAGUGCUGAAAACUCCCAGAAUUACUUAUUUUUUUUAAAUCCUGAAAAGUUUCAGGAUUCGGUUCCAGGUAAAAAGUUAGGGCAGUGUCAGCCUCUUUGAAACACAAGAUUCAUUUAUAGAUGAUUUUUUUAUUCAACCAAAUAGCAUAUUCCUAUCCAGACAGCCAAGGUUGUAUUUCUUUAAAAACAAAUAAAUCAUGUGAAUGUGGUAAGCAGUGUUUGGCAUAUUGAAUACCCAGAACCUUGUGCAUUUACAGUUUUGUCUUCCUGCCUUGUCAAAAAAAUAUUAUCUUGCAGACUCUGAAAAUGCUUUGGCCCUCAAAAGAUGAGCUAUAAAGCUCAGCAGGGGAAAAUCGAUUCUUAUCCUCUCUCUCUCUCCACAUUGUUUUCCACCUUCCUCAGCUGUCAUAUUUCAGAUCCCAGGCCUUGGGCCAGCCCCUAUGCAGUUUUUUUAAACUGGCUUGAUCAGGGAUGUGAUUUCCCUCCUUUUACCAGUUACACUUAGUUUAUAACAAUAACAUCUGCUAUAUGGCAUCACUGCAAUAGAAUUGUUCCUCUCCUUGUGCAGGGGGAUUAGCUGUAGAAGCAAAGGACAUUGCACCUUCCACAGCCUGGGUGGACAGCUUUAAGUAAUGGGUCUGAUCAGAGCAGUUUGUCUUCUGUGUUUUGAUAUGACUGUGCUGAAGUAUAUCGAUGGUUCUCCCCAGUGGCUCUGGAAGGGGCAAGCUUUAGCAUGUAACCCUGCAGGUUCAAAAACCUGCUGUCAUUUCUGUCCCAGGGCAGAGAGGAUACUCACUGCAUCUGGCUAUGCCUCCUUCAGUCUGGCUCCAGAGAACAGUGGUUCUGGUAGGUGCAGCAGCAUCUCUCAGCAUGCAAUUGAAACAGCCAUUCACAUUUAAAACAUAAAAGAUCUUCAAGCUGUAUUGUUGUUAGCAGCACAAAUCUCAACAACCAGUUUUUGGUACACAAUAUAUAAUUACGAAGCAACAGGAAGUGACUCCAGUCCCUUAUUAUUUUAUUUGUGAUUGUUGUUCAGGAUUCAGCAGUGAGUCUUCACUGAAGCCAUGCCCUCUGUUGGAAGUUACAUUGUGGAAUUCUGCCUUUAGGCACCACAAAGUAGAGGUUUUUCAAGCGGCUGUUUUGUAGGGAGAGGAGAUGUUUUAUUGCAAGAGUUGCAUGAAGCACUUGAGAAAUACUGCAGGUUUUUUUCCCUUUCUUUCCUUCCCUUUCCUUUUUUUCCUUGAGUUAAUUAAACCACAACAGACAAAAAGUUUUUCUAUAGGCAAUACUGUAAAACAUUUAGCACAAAUCAUGAUUUCUCUAAGGAUGGUUUCACCUUUUACAUAGAAUUGCCAAGUAGGGGGCGGUUUUCUUCAGGCAGGCACCUCUGAUGUCAUAUCACAUGGAAGCAGACCACAGUGACAGGCUGGAUGCUGCCUUUAACCAGGUACGCCUUGCAUCCAGACUAUUCUAAGGCAAGUUCCCUUGUGUCCGUGCUGCAGGUGGGGCUCUGGAGGCACACCAGAGCUUGGAGGGACAAGGAAGGAGCACCUUACAGCACACUGGUGCCAUCUGAUGAAGUAACUGUUAAUUACAGACAUGGCCUUCCUGUGAUAACGCUUAUGCUGCCCACAAGAAGUGAACGCUGUCAGUUCACUGUCAAGCCGGUAGUGACCACUGUAGGAGCAUUUCUGCAGGAUGUGCAAAGAGAAGAUAAAGGAAUUAAGAGAGCUGAAGUCUUUAUAACAGAUGGUAGCAAGGUCUCUGAUGCAACUUUGAUGGAGGUCUUAUUGAUGAAUGACUUUAAGCUUGUUAUCAACAACACAGCAUACAAUGUGUCACCUCCUGUAAAAGAUAAGCUGAGUAGUGAGCAUGCUACUGAAAUGGAAGAUAUCAAAUCCUUGGUUCACAGACUGUUUGUGGCUUUACAUUUAGAAAAUCACCAGAUCAGGAAAGAGAGAGAAUUGCUACAGAAACUGGACCAUCUGAAAGGAGAACUGCUGCCUCUUGAACAGAUGAAAGCCAAAAUCAUGGACAGUGCAGAUGCAAAAACCUCCAGGCUUUUAUGGGUUGGCCUAGCUCUAAUGUCAACUCAGGGGGGAGCGCUGGCGUGGCUCACGUGGUGGGUCUACUCAUGGGACAUCAUGGAGCCAGUCACAUACUUCAUCACCUAUGGGAGUGCCAUGGCUUUCUAUGCCUACUUCGUUCUUACCAAGCAGGAUUACAUUUAUCCUCAUGCUAAGGACAGGCAGUUCCUCCACUACUUCUACCGCAAAUCCAAAAAGGAGCGUUUUAAUGUGGAGCGAUACAACAAGCUCAAAGAUGACCUAGCAGAGGCAGAAGAAUCCCUAAGGCGUCUGCGCCAACCUCUGCACCUAAAGCUUCCUAUCCAGGAAAUCAAUGACAAGGACUGACUUUGGUUUUGUGUAUAUUGGAGGUGCCCUUUCAAAGCUGAUAUGGACAUUUAAUUAAUCCAUAGUACCUGGGUAUUUUUGACCACUAACAUUUUUAAAAGUUGUAAUAAAUUGCUUUAAAAAUUA